AUCACUAACUAAUAAAAUCAGACUUCCAGCCGCUCAUGGUCAUUCGUCUUAGCCCAUGUUGUCUGCAGAGCUUCCUCAAUGUGUUUCCUCGUCACCCUCAGGAUGAAGGUGUGUGUCAUCCUAUUGUGUUUCUGUUUUCUUGGCAAGAGGACAGAGGCUCAGUCCAAAUCGUAUCUGAUAACAGCUCCUGUCUCAUUGCGUUUGGAUGCUUCAGAGUCAGUGUUGCUGCAAUUAUUUGGCUAUGACUCAGAGGAGGUGACAGUCUAUGUGUUCUUGAAGACCUCCAUGGCUCCAGACCAUACAGUUCUGGCUCAAGAAGUCGUGACCCUCAACACGCAAAACCACCAUCAGGCCAUCGCCAAAGUUCGGCUUCACCCUAAUCAGCUUGAUAAGAAGGUGAGAUCUGUGGUCCUCCAUGUCCAAACAGCAGGGAUCAACCAGCAUGUGGUUGUCCCUUUGAGUCGCUCCAACGGCUUCCUGUUUAUCCAGACUGACAAACCACUGUACACCCCACAUCAGAGUGUGAAAGUUAGAGCAUUCUCCCUGAACCAGGAGCUGAGACCAGCCAAUCGCAGUGUUUUCCUUAAAUUUAAGAACCCUGAUUCUGAAACAGUGGAUAUUGUGGAGAUAAUUGAUGUUAAUAAUGGAGUCCCAUCCAUGCAAAACCCCUUCAAAAUUCCCAUUAACCCAAAGUUGGGGAUUUGGUCAAUUGAAGCCUCCUACGCAGAUGAUUUCACCACAACAGCAAAAACAGACUUUGAAGUUAAAGAAUAUGUUCUCCCGAGUUUCUCCAUCCUUGUGGAACCUGAAGUCAAUUACAUCAGCUAUGGACAAUUCCAAAAAUUUACCUUCAAGGUCUCUGCCAGGUAUCUCCAUGGUGCUCCGGUUGCUAAUGCAGAGGUGUUUCUGCGGUAUGGCUAUGUUAGCGGAAAAAAUCCUCCUGUUAUCAUCCCCACCUCUGUCACCAGAGAGAGACUGUCUUCCUUAGGUGAAGUGGACGUGACUGUUAACAUGGAAAACGUUCUGUCCAAACAUGAUGGACCAAAAGACCUCAACAGCCUGAUGGGGAAGUACUUGUACAUAGCUGUACUGCUGCAGGAGGACACAGGUGGUAUCUCUCAGGAGGCGGAGUUUGCUGCUGUGAAAUUUGUCAAAUCACCUUACACUUUGAGCCUGGUGUCCACGCCGCCUUUCAUCAAACCUGGACUCCCUUAUAACGUCCAGGUGUUGGUGAAGGAUCACUUGGACCACCCGGUGAACCUGGUCCAGGUUCGUCUGGUGGAACGACAGCUGUUCAGACAGGGAAGGCCCAGUGAGGAUAUGUCCUGUACCCUCAGCAGCAUAAGCCAGUCAAGUGGCAUCGCUGUUUUCAUAUGCAAUACACCACGUGAAGCUGUCAAGGCAGUACUGAAGUUUGAGACAGUAGACCCUGCGCUCCCAGCAACCAGUCAGGCCAGUUUGAGUUUACAAGCUGUGGCCUAUUACUCUCCAAACCAGCGUUACCUUUACAUCGACCCCCCGCUGCUUGGCCAGAGUCUGGUGGUGGGACAAUAUGCCAACAUCAAGGUGUAUUCUGCCACACCCUCAUACCUGUCAAUCAAAUCCCUUGGUUACAUGGUGCUCUCUAAAGGGACUGUGGUGAAAUUUGGCACUCAAAAGUUUGUAUCCAGUGCCGAUAACAAACAGAAUCUUAGGUUUGAGGUGACAGCCUCCAUGGUCCCGUCCAUCAGACUUCUGAUCUACUACAUUCUGUAUGGAGAAGAUACGUCCGAGCUGGUGGCUGACUCCCUCUGGAUGGACGUCAAGGACAAGUGUGUCAAUGGACUCCAGACUGAUCUCUCAUCUCGUAGGCAGAAUUACAAGCCGAAGGAAAAUAUACAGCUGGACAUCAGGGCCAAUCAGGGGGGACUGGUGGCUCUUUCUGCUGUAGACUCUGCCCUCUUCUCAUUGCGACCCAACUACAGAGACCCCAUUUCCAUGGUUCUGCGACACAUAGAGCACAGUGACCAGGGCUGUGGUGGGGGUGGCGGCAAAGAUAACGCUGAUGUCUUCCGACUGGCAGGCCUCACCUUCAUCACUAACGCUAAUGCCCAGCCAUCAAGUACCAGCAGUGAUGUGUGCACAGCGGCAGUCCGAGCAAAGCGAGCGCUGCCGACUGAUGAGGAGAAGAUGAAAAAAGUGCAGAGUUAUGGCCCUUUAAAGAUCUGUUGUGAACAUGGCAUGAAGUACAUCCCAAAGAGUGUGACCUGCCACCAGUUCGCCCUGCAAACCUACAGCAAACACCCCCGCUGCAGAAAUGUCUUCAGAGAAUGCUGCGAGUAUAUGCAGCAGCGACUGGACCAGGACCAGAACCUUGUCCUGGGACGCCACGAAAUGGGUGCAGAUUUUGACCUGGCUCCUUCAUUGGUGCGGAGCUACUUCCCAGAGAGUUGGCUGUGGGAGGUGCAACCUGUCAGACCGGGCUCAGAGUCAGUCAGCAGGACUUUACCAGACUCUCUCACUACCUGGGAGGUCAAGGCCAUUGGCAUGUUCAAGGAUGGUAUUUGUGUCGCGCAGCCAGUCCAGGUGUCAGUCAGUCUGCCACUAAGUGUGAAUGUCCCUCUGCCAUAUCAGGUGGUCAGAGGAGAACAGCUGGAGCUGACAGGCUCAGUGUACAACCAACAGGCUGACACCAUCACGUACUGUGUGACACUGACGGCUGGCCCACAGCUAUGCCUGCUCCACUCCCAGGAAACCUCUGGGGCAGCGGGUCUGCGCUCCACACCUUGCAGCUGGAGCAAACUGCCUCCAGGGGGCAUUGGUAGUGUGUCCUUCACCCUGCUGGGCCUGGAGCCAGGGGAACACACCCUGACUUUCACACUGAAGACACGCCAAGGAAACAGAGACAUCCUGGAAAAGAAACUGCGAGUGGUGCCUGAAGGGGUGAUGACAGAGGAGUACUCAGGAGGGAGACUUGACCCUCAGGGAAUCUAUGGUUCAGAGAAGAGGAUAGUGACACUGAAGAACAAGCUGUCAACCAACAUGAUCCCAAACUCACCUGUGGAGAGGCUGCUCACCAUCAAUGGUGAAGUUCUAGGUGACUUUUUGUCUGUGGUGCACAAACCAGAAGGCCUCAGACAGCUUGUCAACCUGCCAGCAGGGUCAGCAGAGGCAGAGCUAGGAGGACUUCUCACUCUCAUCCAUGUAUAUCGAUACUUAGAGACAGCGGGGAAAUGGGAUGUCCUGGGUGCAGACAUCAACAGUAACUCAGCUGCUCUGAAACAGAUGAUCAGAGAGGGUCUGGUCAGUAUCACCUCCUUCAGACAUGGAGACUCCAGUUACAGCAUGUGGAUGAAGCAAAAACCCAGCACCUGGCUUACUGCUUUGGUGGUGAAGAUGCUGUCCCUGGUGGCUCUGGAUCAGAUCAUCUCUGUGGACCAUCAGACUCUGUCAUACUCUGUAGCAUGGUUGAUCCGCAGUGCUCAGCAGGGCGAUGGAUCCUUCUCUGACACAUCCUCCUACCGACCCAACAAAAUCAUGGCUGCGGGCACUGAUGCAGUUGACAAGUCAGUGUAUUUAACAUCCUUCGUGUUGAUCGCCUUGUGCAGAGCCACGAGCAUCAGAGACCCAAUCCUGAAUCUCCGAUUCCACGAUGACAGCAUGAGAUCUGCAUCAAAGUACAUUUCCCAGCAUGCCCUAGGUGUCAAGAGUGUGUAUGUGCGUGCGGUAGCAACCUAUGCUCUGACUCUUCAUGACCCCAAUAGCAUGAUGGUCUCUCAGUUGCUCACCAACCUGGAGAACGUGGCUCGACAGAAAGGUCACCCUGCUGUGCUCAGGUACUGGCAGGAGUCCAAUGUGGCAACUGAUUGGCUGAAUCCUGAUCAGUCCAGUGGUGUGACAGUGGAGACAACAGCGUACGUGUUGCUGAUUAUGCUGCUAAAGGGGAGAAUCCCCUAUGCUAACCCCAUCCUGUCCUGGCUGAGCCAGGAUGAGCACUACGGAAAGGGUUUCUACUCUGUACAGGACACAGUCCUGACUCUGGAGGCUUUGACAGAGUAUAGCCGACUUGUCCCUCGAGCUGUCCUCAGUCAGGACAUCAACAUCCGCUACAGCAGGAAGGGAUCGCUUCAACAAGUCAAGCUCAGCCAGAGCGUACCUGUGAUCACGCCUAUCCAGGUCACAAAGAAUGAUGACAUCAUUGUGUCCACUGGUUAUGGGAGAGGUGUGUCGAAUGUGAAGCUGAAGACAGUUUAUUAUGAAACCAGAUCUUCCACGCAGAACUGUAACUUUGACACCACCAUAGAAAUGCUUGGCCCUGACAACUCCAGAAAUCCCAGUAUGCGUGCUUCUUACCUGGUCACCUGUGCAAAAUAUAAACCGCCCCCAAAUGAGGUCUACACAGAGUCCAGUCUGACUGUGAUAAAGAUCCAGAUGCCAACAGGUGUGGAGGCGUCCCUGGAGGACCUGAAACAGUUCAAAGAGGGAGCAGAACCGAUUGUCUCCCACUACGAGCUGCAGGGAAGCACUGUGGUUGUUCAGAUGGACACUGUUCCCUCUGAUAUCUAUGUGUGCAUCGGUUUUCGGGUCAAUACCAGGUUCAGGGUGAGCGGAGCAAGCGAGUCCCUGUUCAGCAUCUAUGAGCCUCAGGACAAAGGCAGCAUUUGCACCAAACACUUCUCUUUUGAGGAACAGAAGCUGCAGCGCCUCUGUGUGGGCGAAGAAUGUCAGUGCAUGAGAGCUGCCUGUGCUGCCUACAGAGGAGAAGUCGACCCGACACUGACAGUAGCCAAACGUUUUGAGGAGACCUGCCGACCUCACAUCCGAUACGCCUACAGGAUGAAGGUGACGUCCUCAGCAGCAGAGGGAGACUUUAUGAUCUAUACAGGCACCGUAGUUGAAGUGCUGAAGAACAAUGAUAAAGACUUUGAAGCGGUGAGUUCAGGUGCAGAAGUGGAGCUGAUAAAAAAGGCCACCUGCAGUGCUGUGGACAUCAAGAAUGACCACCAAUACCUGGUGAUGGGAGCCAGUGGGUCAGAGGUCACACUCAGCCAUGGCUUCAGGUAUCGUCUUCCUUUGGACUCGGAGGCUGUGGUGGAGCUGUGGACGAAGGACUGUGGUACUUCUGUAUGUUCGGACUACACACUGCUGGAGGACUUUGCUCUGGAGCUGCAGUUAUCCAGCUGCCCCAACUCAUCAUAAAUCUUCAGAAAAGUACUUAAAUUGCCCUUUUCAGUGUAACACUCAGAUGACACAAUAGGAAGUGAUGCUGUUCAUCCUGAUGAUGCAAUUUGCAAACAUUUUAAUAAAGCAAUUUCACUGUG